CAUGUGAGAUGACUUCAGCCGCUCAGGAUGUGACUCUGCUGGGUUUGUGUGAUGGAGAGUUGGACCCUAAGAGACACCAGUCCUCCUAUCUGACUAAUAAAGUGGGAGGGGGGCCUGACUGGUGCCUGGUUGCCCCCCUGCAGCUGCCCCGUUGUGCCCGCUGCAGAGCCCCCCUAUCACACGUGGUUCAGGUGUAUUGCCCCCUGCAGGAGUCUCCAUACCACCGGACCCUUCACCUGUUCGCAUGCCCGGCUGCAGGGUGCAGCGGCCGGGCAGACUGCUGGACGGUGCUCCGCUCUCAGUGUCUGGAAGUACCGGUGACAUCCAGCAGGCCCGAUCCGGUUCAGGAGGCGCCUCGGUCGGCUACUGACUGGUGUGAAGCCGCUGAUGACUGGGGGAUGGAGGAAGAAGAGGAGGAUGAUGGGUGGGGGGGAGGAGGAGGAGUGAAGAAGGAAAGUAAAGUUCAGGAAGAGAAAGCAGCUCCUCAGAUAGAAGCAGGAAGUGAGAUGGACGUCAGCAGCAGACUUCAGGAUCUCCAUCUGGCUGAAUCUCAGCAGGAGGACGACGUCGCUCCUCCCGUUUUCCGCCCGUUCUUCGUCAGCGUGGUGGACGAGUCGGACCUGUACGGGGAAGACGGCGAACUGGAUCACGCCCAAAAGCUGCUGAGGGAGUACGAGAGGAGAGAAGGGGUGAAGGUGGGAGACAUGGGAGGAGACGACGACGACGAGGGAGGCGUCGGCGGGGGAGGGGGGGAGAAGUACGAGAAGACCAAAGCUCGGCAUGGAGACGCCGUCUUCUCCAGAUUCAUGAAGAAGAUCUCGUCGUGUCCUCAGCAGAUCCUUCGUUACUGCCGCGGAGGGAAACCUCUCUUCAUCUCUGAGCCGCCGUCCAACCUGGAGCAGGUGGUGUCGAGGUGCGGCUCCUGCGGGGGGGGAAGGACGUUUGAGUUGCAGCUGAUGCCGGCGCUGGUCAGUCUGCUGCGGGAGGAGCGGGACAGCAGCAACGGGGGAGGAGGGAGUGCAGAGGUGGAGCUGGAGUUCGGGACGGUGCUGGUCUACACCUGCACUAACAGCUGCUGGACGAGCGGAUCAGACUCACCUGUGGAAGAGUUCUGCUUCGUUCAGAUGGAUCCGGACCAGCAGCUGUUUAAAUGACUCAGACCCACUUUAGUCUUUUAUUUUGAAAUUUGUGCAAUAAAACAGAAAACAAGUCAUAAAAAAAAUAAG